UUAUUGAACACUCCGCCCUGACAGCUGUCAUUCGAAAUUAAAUAAGUCCCAUUGUUAAGCUCGCGAGGUUUUCACUGAAUAAAUUAAAACGAAAGUGAAGCAACUAUGACUGAUUCGGACGAGUCUUCCUGGAUUCAUUGGUUUUGCAAGCAGCGUGGCAACGAGUUCUUUUGCGAAGUGGAUGAGGAAUACAUCCAGGACAAGUUCAACCUAAACUUUCUUGACUCGAACGUGAAGAACUACAAAUGUGCCUUGGAGGUGAUCCUGGAUCUCAAUCCGGGUUCAGCCUCGGAAGACCCCGCUGAACCAGAACUGGAGGCUAGUGCAGAGAAACUGUAUGGCUUGAUCCACGCUCGCUUUAUCCUAACCAACCGGGGCAUCGAACUGAUGUUGGAGAAGUACAAUAAGGGCGAAUUCGGGACGUGUCCACGAGUAUUUUGCCAUCAGCAGCCGGUGCUGCCCAUUGGCUUGAGCGAUAAUCCCGGCGAGGAAAUGGUCGCCAUCUAUUGCCCGAAGUGCAAUGAUGUGUUCAUUCCCAAGGCAUCGAGACACUCGAAUCUGGAUGGAGCCUUCUUUGGCACUGGAUUUCCUCAUAUGCUGUUCAUGGAGAAACCGGAUGCUAGGCCCAAGCGGGGAAAGCAGAAGUUUGUGCCCAGGCUUUUUGGCUUUAAGAUCCACCACACGGCCUACCGAACUGCCGCUGAGAACCAAAAAGAUGUGACAACGUCGCCAGUGGGAGAAAUCGAUAGCCCAUCCCACAUCUGAUCAUAAGCAACUGUCGCGUACUUCACGAAUAAAUGGGCACUGUUCCCCCGGCUGGCUUCCAGCUCAUUAAA